UCGCUGCUUGCAGCUAUAUUUUAAGGUGCCGCCGGGUUAAGUCUGGGCAUGCUUCUGAACUUCAUUCAUUGAAUCUAGCCAAGUUGAAGACAACAGGCCUAGAUAUCUUAACUAUGGCACGCACAAUACCUGUGGAGGAAGAGGAGAUCAGAAGUCAGGGCGGCUGUACACAGGAGUCAUCUAAAUACAGUCAUGCGACUGCCAGCACCAGGGAUGAUAGCUCUGUAGUUUAUGAAAAUAAUAGUUAUAAGAUGGCAGAGCAAGGGGGAGUAAAGAAUGCGGAAAUUUGUGGAAAUAUAGUGGAAAUAAUUACUUUAAGGGGUCUGGAAGUUGAGGUUAGGAGUGAAAAUGAUGGAGAGGGAAGAGGCACAGGGGAUAAGGAGGAGAAUGGGAUAUCAGAAAGGAAAGAGGAGACAGCAAAGGGCAUAGUCACUCAACUUAAAAUUGGAGGGAGAAGAAAGAUGGUGGAUGGUGGUGCUGAGGUGGCAGGGUCUACAAAGGAGGAAGAGGACAGCGGUAAGAGUGUUGAUGACAAAAGAAAGGAUGAAGAGGAAAAGGAGGAAGGGGUUGUUCCGGUAAGAAAGGUUGCAGAAAUUGAGAUGGUAGUUGAGGGACAGAAUGAGGAUGUUACUCAGGAGAAACUACCCCCAAAGAAAGCUUCACCCAAGAGAAAGCGUCGAAGGAGACCCAGACGGCAAGCUAAGCCCCAGCAUGGAGCAAUGAUGAACUCAGGAGUCUUUCCACUAUUGUUGUUGUUCACUUCCAUCUGCAUGCCGGUCAUUCAGUGCAAGCCAAUAAUGGAAAGACAUGCAGCAACUGGCCAACUGAAUCUCAGCUGCGCAAUCUUCAAUAACACCGACUGCAUUGCCCUGAGUGCCAUGUAUUGCGAUAACAUUCAAAUCUGGACUAAGAAGGUGCAGAUGCAAAACUGCAGUUUGAAUCACCUGGAGCAUGGCCUGCCAUGCCAGGAUGGUGGUCGGGUCAUCGUUCGUCUUGAUGAGGGGUGCCAAAAGGUCGACAUGGAAGGAUGUGGGGAUCGUAUUGACUAUGAUGAGACAGUGUGCCCAAGAUUCGAGGAGGCUCAGGACAAAGUUCAGAAUGAUGAUCAACACCUCCUUAAUACUACAUUCAUUCAACCAUCUGAUGAGAAGACCAUCAUGAUUUCUGGGGUGGUUUGUGGCAUCCUUGGUGUCCUUGGUCUAAUUGGUGGGGCAUCUGUGACCUACUGGUUGGUGAUGAGAGAGACUGAAGGGAUUGAGUUCACAGACAUUGGCAACGGACAUUUGAACAGCGGGACAAUUGAGAGUGGCGAGACAGAUGUAAAGGAUGGGGAUGAUGGGACGGCCUGCAGCAAUCUUCUCCUACAGGACAGGCUAGGACAGUGAAUGUCUAAGUCACCUCAUCUUUGUACUCAUCCAUGUAAAGCGAAGAGGUCUGUCCAUAAACCACAGAUCACUUAACAAUAAUUAAAGAUAAUGAUAACUUUAUAACUUUUAUACUGUUUGGAAUGCGCUGAAUAUAAUAAACAAUGUUUGAUGUAUAUCCUGCUAUAUUAAGCUCUUGAGAACCUACCCCAUGGUCAUGUCCAGGCGAGAAAUAUGCCUAUAUAUGAAUUAUGUUGCUUGUAUCAUUGAUAAACGGACAUUUUGCUGUUUGCUUAUGCCUGCAUAGCCAUAAGUCAGUUCUUUGUAAGGUGCGUCUAGGAAAUUCCUGUGACACUACUGUAGUGUGGGUCAGAGUUCACAAUAUUACCAAAGUGUACUAUUGAAACAUCUAAGGCUCAAAACGAAAGUUUUUCAUGACUUAUCUGCAGUAUGUUGCAUUCCCGAAGUGAAAGGCAUAUUUUAGUUAUAUUUGGAAAAGGGGUAACAGAACUUUUGUUUGUUGCCUUUUUUAUCUCUUCAUUAACACAAACACCUACUGUUAUUUCUUUCAAUAAAUAAUGUUAUAUUUGUGAGAGAAUUUUCAUUUUGAAAAUGUAUUUUUAUUUUGUCCGUUUUAUGUUUAGUCACUUUCACGGCUGCUGAAGUGUGUGGGUAUUUCUCCAAGUAUAACCAUUAGCUAAGUGGGCAAUGUGUGGUAAGUGCUGUAUUUGUACCAUACAACUCACCAAAAAAUCACAAAUGAAGCAAAUAAAGCAAACUUGUCUAUUA